GACCUUUGUGUGAACAUUUCGUCGACUCCCAGUAGCCACCGCCGACUCCCAGCCGCCACCGCCGACUCCCAGCUGCCACCGCCGACUCCCGCUCAACUGUCUGUGAUGAUGAACAAGAAGGCCAAUAAAAAUGAUCGAAUUAGUAACUUACCAAGUAAUGUCAUUGAUGGUAUCCUAGCAAACUUGAAAAUCCGAGACCAAGUUAGAACUAGUAUUUUGUCAAGAAAGUGGAGGUAUAUGUGGACUUCAUCCCCACAUCUUUGUUUUGACAGAGACUUUUUUGAAAGAUUUCUGCAUCAUGAAGACGGCUUUGAACAUCUUUGUUUUGACAGAGACUUUUUUGAAAGAUUUCCGCAUCAUGAAGAAGACUUUGUACCUGUAGUCUCUAAAAUCAUCACGGAUGUUCUUAUGAUCCAUGAUGGGCCAAUACACAAGUUUUUGAUUGACAUAACUCCGGGCUACACAUUUUGGAUCUGAAUGGAAAAUCUCAAUAUGUGGAUUCCCUUUAUGUCAAAGGACAUUAAACAUCUUGAGCUUUUGACCUUAGGUGCUCCCGAAUGUGAAACUCAAACACCGGAUAUUCUCUUCUCUUGUAAGGAAUUGACUUUCCUCAAAUUUAGUUCAUUUUACUUGUCAAUUCCACCUAAUUUCCACGGCUUUAAAAAAUUGCUUGAGCUUCACUUGUAUCAUAUUGAAUUUGAGUCCAGUGCAAUUGAGAGUCUUAUGUCCGGUUGUCCUUUUCUUGAAAAGCUCAACAUUGAUUGUGAUGGUUGUGAUUAUCUUGUUAUAUCUUCUACUUCUCUCAAAGUCUUAGUGCUACAAUUGUUUGCAACAAAAUCAAUUUGUCUCAAGAAAGCAAAGAAUCUGAUCGAUUUUACACUCAGAGUACAUCCGACUAAAGGUUUCAUCAAAAGUUUGCCAAAAAUUAAGAAGUUUUCACUGGCCAAUUGGAUAAAGGAAUCAUAUGCAGGUAUCAUUCCUCCCAGGGUGCUAACAAGAUCAUUCAGCUCUUUGGAGUAUCUGAAAUGGGAUGCCUUAUGUUUGAAUGAUAAAGGAGACUUUUUGUAUUUUGUCAGUGUUCUCAAAAGUUGUCCUAGGUUGAUUGAACUUGUUAUUAAUCAGAGAUACAAAGAUGUUGAUGCCACACAAGUGUCGGACCAUUUCAAGGAGUUAGAAUGCCAAAAUUGUUGCCUUAAGCUUCAGACAGUGGAUAUCCACCUUAGCGUUAGCUCUCAGAAUGCAAUAAGUUUGAUACAAUUCAUACUUGAAAAUUCUCCUUCAUUAGAGACUCUUAAUUUUUGGUGUAUUUAUGCUGAAUUAGAUGCACCUAUGUUGUUAAACAUGUCAAAAGACUUGUUACGGAUGGAACGAGCAUCACCAAAAGCUGAGGUUAAUUUCGAUCAUCAUCCUUACCCCACACCCAUGUUUACUCGAUAAGUUCCAUUUCCUUAUCAUACAACACAUUCCCAAAUACUCUUUAACUUUGGUAUUAUGUGGCCAUUGUUUGUAAUAGUUUGUGAAUCAGGAGAACUUGUUUACCUUC